AAAGGAUUAAAUCAACAUGACCCCAAAAAUAGUAACCAAAUCAAACCCAAAAUGACUAAAUUGUAAUAAAUUCUUUGCCCUGCUAUCAAGUUCUUACCUUUCCCACUUUAAACGUAAUCACUCAACUCAACCAAAUCUUUAUUUAUUCUCUAAAUUUACACUUGCUAUUUAAUUUAGUAUUUCAGUCACUUUUCUCCACCUAAUCUGUCUCUCUUAUCUGUAUUGAAGAGACAGUAUUUGGUGCAGUUUAACUUCUUGUCAGAAAGAUAGAUCCUUUUCUUUUUCACACUUUAUUUUAAAUUCAUUUAUGACAUAUUUUAUAAGUCUUUAUAGAAUUUGAGUAUGUAUUUGAUCUUGUCGGAGGAUUUGAACUCACGACUUUAGCAGUUUAGUGCUGAGCAUUUAUACUUUGAGUUAUAGCUCGUCGGUUUGAUCUGGGUUUCGCGUUUUUAAUAGAAAUUGUUUCCUUUUCUAUUAUUGGGUUUGUUUAGAUUGAUGCAUGGUUAAUUUUUGUGUAUGAACAUGAAUUUUGGUGGUUUGUGUGGAGAUUUAAGGGAUGAUGGGAUCUGUUUUGUAUUUAUGAUUGGUGGUGGUAUUGGUAUUUGUUUUUGAGGUUCUUGAGAGUUCAGGGUUUAUAUAGUGGUGAUAUUAAUGGAUUUAAGAAGUGAUGAAAGUAAAACAGUUGUUGGCAGUUUUGAUCAAGAAACUGGUAGGAGUUUAACUGGAGGAAUGAGCAAUUCUGAUGAUAUGAUGCGUGUUGGGAGAGAAAUUAGGGAUUUGGAUGCGAUUAAUUACGGAUUGGAGUCGACUAAGAUGGGAAUUCGUGAGCCGUUAGAUGGAGGAACUAGUGGGAAUUUAAGUUAUGCGGUUAAUGAGGUUGUUCUUGAAAGAAUGAUUGUGAUCAAUUCAGGAGAAAUUGUAACGAUUAGUGGACAAAACAGAAAAUUAAGUACAAAGAUUGAUGAUUUGGGAUUGAAUGGUGUGGUGCUAGAUCAGAAAACAUGUGUUAGUAGAAUAAAUGAUGUUGUAGUGGAGCAAGUUGGUGAAAAAAGUCGUCAGGAUCCGAGUAAUUCAACUAAUGCUGUUGUGCUCGAGACUGUAAUAAUCGUAAACUCAGAAGAGAUUCCAUCGAUUAGUAGUGGAAACGAGCAACUGGGAGUAAAGGACGGAGAAUUGGGGCCGAGUAAGGUACUGAUUGAUAAGUCAAAAACAAAGCUAUCCAAAGCGGAGGAGCAAUCGUGUGUGAUUGAUGUGAAAUGUGGUGGUGGAGGGGGUUUUAAGGAUUGUGACGGAGAAACGGUUUGUAGGAUUUGUCACUUGAGUUCUGAGGUAAUGGCGGAAACCACAGCCACCACAUCUUCUAUGGAUCUAAUUGAGCUUGGUUGUGGGUGUAAAGAUGAGCUUGGCAUUGCUCAUGCUUAUUGUGCAGAGGCCUGGUUUAAGCUAAAAGGAAACAGAAUGUGCGAGAUAUGCGGAGAGACAGCAAAGAAUGUGACAGGAGUCGGAGAAAACAGAUUUAUGGAAGAGUGGAACCAAAGGAGAUUCAUCGGUAGUAACAGUAACUCAUCAGAGAGAGGCGGAGGAUGUUGGCGAGGUCAGCCUUUUUGCAACUUCCUGAUGGCGUGCCUCGUAAUAGCUUUUGUGCUGCCAUGGUUUUUCCGAGUAAAUAUGUUCUAAUGGCUAGCAAAUCGAGUUCAUAUCUAUUACAUGCUCCACACAGUUCAUAGCAUGCCAGUUGAUUCUUCAAAUUGCGAACUUUGACACUUGAAAUUACCAAAAUUCGCUGCGUUUUUGAAGGAUAAUGAUACUACAUCGCAAUCAGGUCGACUCAUCUCUCUGCAGGCUCAUUCAGAUGUCAUCACAGUCAAAUAGAUAAAAGUGUAUACAAUUAUUUAUAAAGAAAUACUUGUUUGAUUGCUCAUUGCUCUUUAUUGCUUAUACUAUGUUGUUUCAUAGAAUUUUUGGUCCAUUAGAUAAGUAAUCUUUUUUA